AUGAAGAAGGUCAAAUCUGAAAGCGACGGCGCUGUGAGAGAACUGCCCUCGCCGAAGCCAAAGGAAGCAAAGUCUUCUGAAAAACCAAAAGCUUACACUAUCAAAUACAAGAGACCUAGGGGUUCCCGGGCUUGUACCGUGUGUCGUGCCAGAAAAGUCCGUUGUGACGCUGAAAUCCACAUUCCUUGCACAAACUGUAUCACCUUUGGCUGUGAAUGUGUGCUUCCAGAAACGAAAAAAAGAGGCCAGGCCCAGGACCUGAAGCCACAGAAGAAAAGGGCAAAAGAGGAGGAAAGAGAAGAACCCGUAAACACACAUGUCCAUCUCCAACAACAACACCCUCCUGAAGUCCCACAUAUGUCUCCGGCUCAGACAGUUAACGCUGUUGCCUUGCUGGCCGCUGAACCCAUCCAUAACAUCUCCCAGGUAUCCGUACCUCCUUCCUUGACCCUGAACUACAAAACAAGACCAUCCAUGCACAAGAAGGACAUGCUCAACUCCAAUGCCAAGGCAGCUCUCACGUUCGUCGGCCACUCCAGCAUCGGCGCCAUGACCCUGCGUUUGGGCCAGAAUCAUGUUCAGCUCACAGAGGACUUGUUUGAGGCAAGCGACAACUACUCAGCUGAUUCUGUGGAGCUUGAGAUCUUGAAAAUGCGUGGUGCUUUCCUUUUACCUCCUAAACCCUUGGCGCUUGACAUUAUUGAGUCGUACUUCGAGCACAUCCACCCACUCAUGCCGGUGAUCAACAGAACAGAAUUUAUGAGAAAGUUCAACGACCCUGACGACAGCCCCUCGCUUAUGCUUUUGCAAGCUGUGCUUUUAUGUGGCUCCCGUGUGCUGAAUAACCCACAGCUCUUUGACUCCAAGGGUCUGAGUAAUUUGGCCUCCCUAACAUUCUUCCGCAGAGCAAAGUCUUUGUACGAGACCAACUACGAGAGUGACCCUGUGCUGAUUAUUCAGACUGUCAUUCUUAUCGGACUGUAUUGGGAAGGCCCCGAGGACGUUACCAGAAACUCCUUCUACUGGACCCGUGUCGGAGUGGGGUUGGCUCAAGGUUUCGGUUUCCACCGUGAUGUCACAGCGUCUCCUUCGCUUUCAGAAGCAGACAAGAAAGUGUGGCGCAGAAUCUGGUGGUGUCUUUUCGAAAAGGAUCGUAACGUUGCCAUUGCUUUCGGUAGACCACCUACCAUCAACUUGACCGACUGUGACGUUCCCAUGCUUUCCAUUGACGAUUUCAACGAAGAUGAACCCGAAAACGGACUUGUGUCUCCAUAUCCAGUGAACGAAGUACAGGCGUUGUACUUCAUUCACUUGGUCAAAUUGGCCGAGAUUACCGGUAUUAUCAUUAAACACCAGUAUACCGUCAAGGCCGAGCUGAUGAAACGAGUCAACAAGUUCAGUGUAAUCCAACACUGUGAUAUGCUCAUGGGUAUCUGGUUUACAAACUUGCCUCCAGAGCUACUGUUCUCACUCACUGACCCCUCGAAGCAGUCUUUCUACGCCUGUCUUCUAAAUGCGCAGUACUACAACAGAUUGUACUUGAUCCACAGAGCAAAUUUGUUGAGAAUGGCUCGUUCUUCAUCAACCAAUCCUAACAACUACAAGUACCCAUCCUGGGGUAUUUCCUUCCAGGCAGCUAGAAUGAUUUCGAUCGCUUCAAAGAUCUUGCUAGACAAGGGCGCUCUCAAGUAUUGCCCUGUGAUGUUUGUCUACAUCCUUUUCAGUGCCUUGGUGAUGUUGAUUUACCAUGUGGACUCCACAAACCCAGUGAUUGCAUCUACUGCCUCGGACGCCUUGUUCAUCUCUCGUGCUGUCUUGAAGGAGCUUGCAAAGUAUUGGUCUAUUGCAAGUGUUCUUAUAAAGCUUUUUGACAAGUAUGCUAACGACAAGAUGAAGAGAGCCGAGGUUAUUGAAAGAAACAACCAGAUUGUCGACCACCAGGACCGCCAAAAGACUAAAUACUCUGACACUGGCUCCGUCACACGCCCGGAGCGUUUGCAUCAAGAAAAGGAGUUCCCCGUGGGUCCUACAUCGCCAGCUAAUCUGGCAACCUCCGGUGUUUCCCCACGCGGAAGCUCAUACAACUACACCACCCCUCCACAAACACUGCAGCCUGCUCCCAAACCAGCACAGCCAGACAUUGAACAACUUGUUCGUCAGUUCAAAAAGAACAAAGAAACACUGCAUGACGAACACAAUAAUGGUCAGGAGCAUCAGCUGCACAAGACCAAAUCCUCCAACGGUGAAAAUACUCCAUCCUCAGUCAAUUCCUUCCCUGACAUCUCGUUGGUUACAGAAAAGGUGCCACCAUCGCAAGGCUUCUUUGAAAAUUUCGAACCUACACAGUUGUUCCCUGCUGCAAACUUCAGCCAUCCACCAUCUCGUUCUCAAACUCCGGUUGUCAGAACGAAAGACGAUGAGGGCGCUACCGAUGAAGAGCCCACUAUGGAUGAUGCUGUUCCACCAGAGUCACUUGAGGCACCAGUCCCUCUUGGUAACGCUCAACAAAACGGAGGUCCAUUUGGAGCUGCGACUGGCACAGGUGCCCCCAAUGAUCUUUUCACAAACUUCAUGGACAGCUCUUUCAUCAACAUGAACCUUCAAGCAACUGCAGAGGAGGAGAACUACUUGAACGACGAUUUGGGAUCGUUGUUAAACUUCCAGCCCUUGUGA